UCUCUGCUGCAUGUCCAGGUUCUCGUGUUGUACGUUUCUCUCUCUAUUACACAGUAUGUCCAACAAAUAUCCUGUUCAAGUUAGAAUGCGAGAAAUGUCCAAGCAAGAGGAAAUACUAUUGAAAAGGAAACGUGAAAUAGAGCGUAAAAUGAAGGAACAACAGCAAGCAGAUGUUAAGGUCAAGAAAGCAAGCCCUCCAUUACCCCUCAAACCAGCACAAAGUAUACCAGAGUCUAGUCCUAGUGUAGCAGCAGUGCCGCAGGUGCCCAAUAAGUUUAGCAAUGAUGGAAGUUUUUUCGAACAGUUCAAGAAGUUGGCUGAAAAGCAGACCGAUGUAAAAGAGGAGAAAUAUUCCUCUUCAGAGAAGUUCAAAUCUUCAAGACCAGUUUCUACCAAAUUGAAAGCUUACAACCAAAUUCCUCCACCAAAAUAUAUGUAUCCAGGCCAUUCAGUAUCUCAGGGGCAAGACUCCACCUUCUCAACAAGUCCAGAUCAUGAAAACGUGAAAAUAGAGCUCAACAUUCAUGAUAGUGAGCGUGUGUUGAUCUGCCCGCUUGUCCUACCCGAAGAUUUUGUUACUGUUUUCCCGAGUACCCUUCACUGCAGUAGGACACCGAAACAUCAAUAUGUACAGGAAGAGGACUCCCUCAGUAAUCAAACAAUAAAAGAUGUAGAUCAACCUGAUUGGUUCAAGGAUGCCCUUAAGAGAGCCCAAGCCAAGGCAAAACAGCUGUCUGCUGUAGCCCCCCCAGUUUCUCUCUCAGCUGGUUCCAGUGAUGAUGAGGAUUCGAUCAAGAGCCAAGAUUCUCUCGAGCAUCAGGCCAAGAAACGGAAGAGCCGUUGGGGAAGCUCACCUACCCCGGAGGCCAUCCCAGUUGUACCACCAGCUCCAGCACCAGUGACUCCCACCUCCCCAUUAUGUCUGAAUGUCCCAGACAAUCUGAUGGGUAUGGUAGGAGAAGGGGAACACAUAGCAGCCAUUCAUGGUGUCAUGGUUACACGCUUAACAAGGAAUAAUGCUGCCAUAAUUGCUUAUGCUAAGAAGGUAUUUGACACUACUGAUCUGAGUGAAGCACAAUGGAAGCAGUGUGAAGAUCAGAUGAAGAUGAAUGUGGUGUUCCAACUUCUUCAAGCCAAGAAAAUGGAGGCAGAGCGAUUAGAACAACAAGGGAAAGUUAAAUAUGAGUAUGAUUCAGAUGAAGAUGUUGACGGUGGCACCUGGGAACACAAAAGGAGAGCCAAAGAAAUGCAGGAAACACAUGCAAAAGCAACAGAGCUGACAAAUAUGGCAGAAGGAAAGCAUCACAUUGGUGACUUCUUACCACCAGAUGAAUUAGCAAGGUUCAUGGAGAAGUAUCGGGCAAUAAAGGAAGGACGGGAUCCAGAUCUUUCAGACUACCAACAACACAAGCUUACAGAAGACAAUGUUGGAUACAGGAUGUUGAAGAGCAUGGGGUGGACUGAGGGAAUGGGCCUUGGUGCAGAAGGAAAGGGAAUAACAACACCUGUUAACCAGAAUGGACGUUCAGAGAGUCAAGGCUUGGGUGUGGAGAGGCCUGAAACUCUUCAAGAAGAAGAUGAUGAGUAUGAUGCUUACAGGAAGCGCAUGAUGCUGGCAUACCGUUUCCGGCCUAAUCCUUUGAACAAUCCAAGACGAGCAUAUUACUGAAGAUAAAGAAGUUGGUAGAAGAAUCAUUGUUCAAAAUGAAAGAAAAAUGGUUAUAACCACAAAAGCAACAGAGUUUCAGUGAUGAAGGUCAUAUGUUACGUACAUUGCUCUUUGUAUCAUGUUAUUCCAUUAUCUAAGUCUUCAUAUUGGAAAGAUUUGUUACAGUACACAUUAUACAUACAUUUGGAAGUUCCACUUUAUAUCUUCAAGCUUUUAUAAAAAGUUUUUGCUUA